UGUAUUUCCGUACACAUCGGUCAAGCUGGAGUGCAAAUCGGCAACGCCUGUUGGGAGCUUUACUGCUUGGAACAUGGCAUUCAACCGGACGGGCAAAUGCCUUCCGACAAGUCAGUGGGUUGUGGAGACGACAGCUUCAACACGUUCUUCAGUGAAACUGGCGCCGGUAAACACGUGCCUAGGGCCGUGUUCGUUGAUCUUGAACCGACUGUUGUGGAUGAAGUUCGGACCGGUACUUAUCGACAACUGUUUCACCCGGAGCAACUGGUCACGGGAAAAGAGGAUGCGGCCAACAACUACGCACGUGGCCAUUACACUGUCGGCAAAGAGAUCGUCGAUCUGGUGCUGGACAGGAUCAGAAAACUCGCGGACCAGUGCACCGGUCUCCAAGGGUUCUUGAUAUUCCACUCGUUCGGUGGUGGCACCGGUUCCGGAUUCGCUUCGCUCCUUAUGGAACGGCUGUCCGCGGACUACGGGAAGAAGAGCAAACUGCAAUUCGCCGUUUACCCGGCACCCCAAGUGUCCACGGCGGUGGUGGAGCCAUACAACUCGAUCCUGACCACGCACACCACGUUGGAGAACUCGGACUGCGCGUUCAUGGUGGACAACGAGGCGAUCUACGACAUAUGCCGCCGGAACCUGGACAUCGAGCGGCCCACGUACACGAACCUGAACCGUCUGAUGGCGCAGAUCGUGUCGUCCAUCACGGCGUCGCUGCGGUUCGACGGCGCGCUGAACGUCGACCUGACCGAGUUCCAGACGAAUCUGGUGCCGUUCCCGCGCAUCCAUUUCCCGCUGGCCACGUACGCGCCGGUCAUAUCCGCGGAGAAAGCGUACCACGAGCAGCUGUCCGUGGCCGAGAUCACCAACUCGUGCUUCGAGCCGGCCAACCAGAUGGUCAAGUGCGACCCGCGGCACGGCAAGUACAUGGCGUGCUGCAUGCUGUACCGCGGCGACGUGGUGCCGAAGGACGUGAACGCCGCGAUCGCCACCAUCAAGACGAAGCGUACUAUCGUGUUCGUCGACUGGUGCCCGACAGGGUUUAAGGUGGGCAUCAACUACCAGCCACCCACCGUGGUGCCGGGCGGCGACCUGGCCAAGGUGCAGCGGGCCGUGUGCAUGCUGUCCAACACGACGGCCAUAGCCGAGGCGUGGGCCCGGCUCGACCACAAGUUCGACCUGAUGUACUCGAAACGCGCGUUCGUCCACUGGUACGUGGGCGAGGGCAUGGAAGAGGGCGAGUUCUCGGAGGCGCGCGAGGACCUGGCCGCCCUGGAGAAGGACUACGAGGAGGUGGGCGUAGAGAUCAACGUGGGAGAGGGCGAAGGCGAAGGCGACGACCAGUGACCGCUGCGCCGUUCCUGCUCACUGUUUACCGUUUUAUGCGAACUCACGUGUUCCAACGCGCAUCGUAAUGUGAUCGA